GCGUUGGCUAUCGGGUAUGAAUUUUAGGAUCCGCGAAGGAAGGCCGCAAAAGAAGGCAACGGGAACGCAGUGCUGAUCGGGACACCAUUCUCCGUUUCUUGCUCGAUCGAUCGAUCGAUCAUGGCGUCUUCCAUCUCCUCUUCCGUUCUCCGCCUUCUUUCAUCUCCCAGGAUCCUCCCAAAUCCCUCCGCUUUCUCCUCCAUUAGCGCCUUCCUUCUCCCCUCGAGAUCGCUCGUCUUCUCCUCCCCCAUCUCCUUCCAACCCCUCCCCAAAUCGCCCUCCUUAGCCGGCCCCCUCCGCGCACAACAGCAGCAGGAGGAAGAUCAAGAAGCCACCGCCUCCAUCGACGUCUCUCUCAUCCCUCCCAAGCUCCGCGACAUCAUCGCCCUUUUCCAGUCCGUCCCCGAGCCCAAGGCCAAGUACCAGCAGCUCCUCCACUACGGCGCCCGGCUGCCGCCUCUCGAUCCGGCCUUCAAGAUCGACGCCUACCGAGUUCGCGGUUGCGUCUCCCAGGUCUGGGUCCGCGCCUUCGCAGACCCCGACGACCCCGCUGCCGUCCGCUUUGAGGCAGAUUCCGACUCCGCCCUCACCAAGGGCCUCGCGGCCCUCCUCGUCUCGGGCCUUUCCGGUUCCCCUGCCACCGUGAUUGCCCGAGUCCCACCCGACUUUGUUCAACUCCUUGGCCUCCGCCAGAGCCUGACUCCCUCCCGGAACAAUGGAUUCCUCAACAUGUUAAAGCUCAUGCAGCAGAAAGCCCUCCAGCUAUACAUAGAAGACGCCAAGGCAGAGAAAAAUAAGGCCAUAGAAUCUGAGACGAAGGGUACGGGUAAAGUAGAGAAAGAUCCAAUCUUGGAUCAAGAAAAAGCCAAGGAAAUCAGCAGGGAAUCGCUCUCGCCGAGCAAUGGCAGUGCGAGUCCAUCCAUCAGUUCUGUGGCCGAUAAAAAAGAUAGUUCUGAAAUCUAUGGGGACGGCAUUGGUGGGAGAAAAAAGAGGAUUGUUGUGAGAUUGAAACAAGCUCUGUCUCCUGUGGAAUUGGAGGUGAAGGAUGUGUCUUAUCUCCACGCUGGCCAUGCUGGAGUCAGGGGGAGCGCCGAUGGAGAAACUCAUUUCAAUGUCAGGGCGAUCUCGAAGGAGUUCGAAGGGAAGAGCUUGGUGAAGAGACACAGGCUUAUAUAUGAUCUGCUGCAAGAAGAGCUGCAGCAAGGAUUACAUGCGCUCUCCAUCGAUGCCAAAACUCCAUCAGAAGCUCAAUGAAGUUAAAGUUUCUCUUUACUUAUUCCUUCUUGUUUUUCCCACUAUGGAACGAGGGACCAUGAUUUUAGAGCAUCCAUAGAUUUAUGAACAGGCUGAAAGAAAGUUUUUCUCUUCCAAUGUUUAACUAGUUAAACACAUGAUACCUUCAGAAUACAAUCAUGUUCGAUUAUGCUUGUGUUUAUUUUCUCUGUUUAUUGUUAGUAAUUUCAGCCUUCUUGUGAUCUAGUUUAUCCUAAUCACGUAAUUUCGUUUUAUUUGAAUGCACUAGAUUUUGUCAA